AUGAUUUUGAAAAAUUCACCGCUAUUAAUAUUGGCAAUUUUACUGGUUCCAUUUAUCCAGUCAAAAACAAUUUCGAGAGAUACAGAAUAUGCGAGUUCAGGAAGUUACACAGAUUCCUAUGAUAUCAGCGAAGAUGCUACCUUAGCCAUUGCAGAUGGGACCAGUGUUGCAAGUGGAACUACCGCAAGCUUAACUAAUGAUUUGAAUAUUGAUGGGAACUUAUGUAUUGGUUCUCAAAAUGUUGACAUCACUUCACCAACUAUAACUAAUGAUGGUAAUUUGGUUAUUUACAAUGGUGAUUCAAUGAGUGGGAGUGGUACAAAUUUCCAAGGUCAAAGUUUAACAAAUAAUGGUUAUUUACUAGUUCAAAACAUGUUAUAUGCUACUGCACAAACAUUUAGUUUUUCAAAUUCAUUUAUCAAUACUGGUGUCAUAAACUUCAAUCUAUACUAUCCUAAUACAACCAUAUCUGCAGGCACUAUUGAAAAUAGUGGUACCAUGAUAUUCCCUAGUGGUAAUUAUACUUUCACUGGUGCGGUAACAGGAGGCGGAUGUAUGGUUUUGAAAACUCUUGUUGAUAUCUGGGCAGAUGCAGAUGCAGGUUUUGAUCAAAUUGUAUAUUUUGAUCCAAGUUCUACGAGGUUGGUCCUUAAUCUAAAGGAUAGUGGUACUAAUACCAUUAUUCCAAAAGUAAGAGGCCUCUCAACAACAAAUGCGAUUUCUUUUAUAGACAAUCAAGAAGCUACUCCUGCUGUAUCAUAUGACGCCUCGACUGGUAUUGCUACCUUGAGUUCUACUCUGAAAUCGGACAAUAAUGUUGUGGUAAGAAAAGUGGACAUCGGUCUUGGAUAUGAUUCUACUCAAUUUACUGUCCAAACGGUCAAAAACAGCCAGGGCAUUUGGACUACCCAAUUUGCUUACUCAGGGACUUCACCUGAUAGUACUAUUCCAUCUACAUGUGUUACGACGGAACCACUUGAUUUUGAAACAUGUAUAAACGAACUGGUAAUUCUAUCUUCAAGUUCAAUAAUGUCGUCUUCUGCAUCCUCCUACUCAUUUGCAUCUCCCUCUCCUUUGCCAUCUCCAUCUCCAUCUCCUUCGCCAUCUCCAUCUGCAUCUGCAUCUCCAUCCCCAGCACACUCUUCUUCGAAAGCUUCCCCAAUUUUAAGUUCCACAUUAGAAGCUGAGAAGAGUAGUAGUUUAUGUCUGAUAACUAGUACGAGCAUAAAGGCUGGUGUUACAAUCAAUACCACUAGGUACUCUUAUAUUACAGGUACUGUCACUGCCCCAGUGACAUUAUCCAGCGUAGUGAACACAUAUACAGUCAAUGGAAAUUCUCUAAGCAAUACUUCUAUUUAG